AUGCUGGUCGCCUCCAUGUCCCUGUGGCACCCCUGUCAAUUUGCAGCUGCUGGCGCGUUGAUCGAUUGCCUGACUUGCCAAAGGCCUGCACGAGAUUUCAACACUGAAAAGCAAUUCCGGAUGGAGAACGCACUUCGAAUGUACCCCACCGUGAGCGGCGUAACCAACAAGGCGGUUUUCACCACGACGCCGCUGAAAGAAGAGGCUAUUAGGCAGGGGCUCAUUCACGUCCCUGAAGACCAGGUUUACUCUCAUUCAUACGUGCCACCGCUGGGAGCCCCUCAGCAGCUAGUUUCUGUCAGGCAGCAUGGUCAUACAUUCACUCCGAUCCCGCUGUAUAGCGGGCCGCUUCAGUAUGUGCAAAAGCCUCCUCUUCAUGUCGCCCCCGAGGUGUGUUACCAGAGCAGCCCUACGAUGUACACUGUCACGCAGCAGGCCACUGCACGCCCUCGGCUGAUGACCCCACUCAAGAUGCCUUACCGGGUGGCGGCUCCUGAUCUGGCGCCGUCCACAGUACAGUCUCCAUCGGCAGCGCACCCCAUGCAGGCGUGGGAAUAUGUCGUGGCGGAGCCCCUCUUGGCUGACACGACUGGAUUCUUGCUGACAGAGUCGAAAGCUGUUCAGGUUGGUUCUGAGCAAAGGCAGGUAGAGAGUGCCGGUGGUACGGAGAAGAAGGAAGCUGAUCACGGACCCGAGUCUGACGAGUCGCUGCUCCUGGUGUCUACCAAUCAUACUGACUCAAUGGGUGAAGAAGGGCUGGAGCAGAAAAAGGACAAAGAUGCAAUGGUAAAAAAGAGAAAUUCCGUUAGUGACGAUGAAGAUCCUGAUGUUAACACAAAAUCAGAGGAUGCCGAGCAAUCCAAAGGUGAUGCAACCGAUUCUGAUGGCAAGGCGCCGCGCGACGCGGCAAAGGAGAGCAAAUUUGCUGGAAAAGCGGGACUGGAAGCAACGGAGUUCGCGCCGGAAGCGCCAACGACUGCUGAAAGCUCGAGUACUACCCAUUCCAACUUCCAGGAGAUUCUGGAAACUACUCGUGUGGCGAAAUUGAGCGGCUGGCCUGUAGGAUACGUCCCCCCAUCCGACCCCCAAGAAUACAAGGAGCUCCGUAUUGGUAGCAAUGUUUACCUCAUAGGAGGCACCUUCUAUUUGAGUGACACUGGUGCGUACCUUCUGGGGCUACGAAACUGA